AUGCAAGGACCUACUAUAGCUUUCAACGUCAGAAACAGCUUCGGGGCCUGGGUAACCAAUAUCGAAUUCGAAAGGUUGGCCUCGAUUAGAAACUACCAUAUCCGAACUGGCGGUCUUUGUAAUCCUGGUGGUGUUGCAUCGGCAUUAGACCUUCAACCAUGGGAGACGAAAAGGAAUUUCUCGGCUGGUCUCCGAUGUGGGGGAGAGACCGAUAUUUACGCUGGUAAGAUUACAGGGAUGAUUCGCGUGAGCUUAGGAGCUAUGAGCACAAUGAGUGAUGUUGAGUCGUUUCUUUCAUUUAUGGAAGAGUUCUUCGUGGACCAGAUAGCCGUAUCCUCUACUAAUGAGGACACUGCCACUCCUAGGUCGGUUGACAUGUAUGUCGAAAGUCUUACAAUCUACCCGAUUAAAAGUUGUGGUGGCUUUGAGAUUCCGAAAGAAACUUCUUGGGAAGUCAGACCAGAAGGCCUUGCUUGGGAUAGGGAAUGGUGCCUUGUUCAUCAAGGCACAGGGCAAGCGCUAAGUCAAAAAUGCUACCCACAAAUGGCUUUAAUCAAACCAGCAAUCGAUUUUGAUUUAGGAUUGCUGAAAAUUCGAUAUCGAGGAUCAAAUUCCUCUAGUCCUGCGGAUGAGAUCAAUGUCCCUUUAUCUUCUGACCCAUCGUUCUACAAAACUCCAAAUAAUAUUCAUUCAUUAUCAUCGAGAGUUUGCGGAGAUGCUAUCGUGGCACAGACCUAUUCAGAUCAUAAAAUCAAUGAUUUCUUCUCCAAGAUUUUGGGUGUGCCUUGUGUUUUGGCACGAUUUCCUGCUGGUGGAAGUGGCCCUUCUUCAAGGCAUACAAAGGCACACAUGCGAAAGCACCAGGAAGUAAAACGUCUAGUUACGAAUGAGAAGUCCAGUACCGACUCUUCUCUUAGCCCUCCGACGCCGCCGGAUUCUGAUAGUGAAAAUCGAAAGCGGCCGAUAUUACUAUCAAAUGAAAGCCCCAUACUUGCAAUCAAUAGGUCCAGUAUCGAUAUGCUAAAUGAAGAAAUAGCCAAGAGUGGUGGCAAAAUUGCUUCAGCAUCUGUCUUUCGAGGUAACAUUAUACUGGCAUCAACCGAAUCUAAUGAUCGUCAGCAUUCAUAUAGCGAGGAUCAUUGGAGGACGUUACGCAUUGGUUCGGAAACUUAUCAAAUGCUAGGGUCUUGUCGGCGUUGUCAUAUGAUAUGUGUUGAUCAGGAUACUGCGGAAAAGAACGAGGAGCCUUUUGUUACGUUGGCCAAGACACAGCCAGUACAGAAGGCUUCGGAAUCUGUAGGUAGUAGGUAA